CAGAGCUAGAAGCAGAAACAGAGCUAGCAGCAGAAACAGAGCUAGCAGCAGAAACAGAGCUAGCAGCAGAAACAGAGCUAGAAGCAGAAACAGAGCUAGCAGCCGAAAUUGAGACCAAGGAUGUGAGUACACAAAUGUAGUAGAAGUGUAGUAAAUAAUGCAAUGUCUAACGCAAACAUCACCCCUCAUACACCAUGUAUUAACAGUGUAACAAUUUCUCUCAAUAGGUGAAAAACACUUCCCGUGUGUGUAUUCAUAUCCUGGUUGCGCAGUUAGACAAAAAGCAGACAUAUCCAUGAACGUGUCCUGUCUUGUUAAAGUACUUAAAGACUGUCCUUUUUUAGCCCAGUGACAGUACAGGGUUGUAUUCAUUUCUUAUUGGACAUGUUCUGGUGGUCCCUCUACAUUUUUUACAACCCUGGAUUGAUUGAGUUGAAGUUAGACAUGUGACACUGAACAGAAGCAACAUGUCCACUAGAGGGAAUUCUCUCCUCGCGUUCAAAUUCUGAUGCAAAGCGUGAGAAGAGAUUUGAGCUGAGUUUUAUUAACAUUGAGAAAAAUCGACAUCUGACAGAUAAAUAACAUGAACACAACAUGAUGUAACUUUGAUAUGCUUUAGCGUGCCUGUAGAUAUGUGAAUGCCACAAAGUUCAUUUACAGUUGGAUCUGUUGUGUUUUAUAACAAUGCAAUCCAUCUGAACUCUCCACUCACCAUAUUUUAUGUCCAACACACUAACACAAUAAACCAUUGAAAUUGUAAUAACAUAUAUAGAGAAUUUGAUUCAAUUAAGAAAUCUAAAUUAGAUUGUGUAUCGUGUUCAGUAAUACAGUGGAUCUUAACAGGGGUACUAGGACCCAUGGAGAUACUUGACCUGUCCACAGUGGGAACUUAAGAAGACUCAUGAUUAGACCAUAGGCUUACUGGUAAAAUGCACGAGGAGGUCCUUCGGGGGUACGCCGGGCAGAGCAACAUUCAGUUGGUGGUACAGUAACCGCAAAAGGUUGGGAACCACUGCAGUAAUACAUGAAGGUGUGGUUGACUGUGAGGGACUGUGAUGUCAGAUGUGUCCUAUUUCCUGUGUAUUUAUAAGUAGAUGUCAGACAGAGACAGACAGCAGUAUACAGGCAGCUGUGGUGAUGGUGAUGUCACUGCUGAGGAGUUUGCUGUUGUUCUACUUCUCAUUCAAUGAAUUGACCACAGCAGCAGAAGCCAUUCUCUGGGUGAAGACUGGGGAGAAGUUUACCAUGAAGUGCUCCACCACUCUAAAAGACCAGGAUGGAAUAUACCUGUAUGUUGGGCUGGACAGGGACAUGGAGGUGUUGUAUUACUACCAGAGGGACUCCAAGCUGACCCCCAGGGACGGCUACUGGGACAGAGUGAAGACUGAGGGACCUGUGGACCAACUGACCAUCACCAUCAGUAACCUGACCAUAGAGGACACAGGAUUCUACCGGUGUAUUUACACAAAAUACAAUGAAACCACGUAUGAAAAUGAUAUCAACCAAGGAAGAGGCUCCACUCUGGUCGUGGUGAAUGACGAUGUCCUACAGCUGCCAUGUCCUACAGUUACUGCAGUAACGCUGACCCCCUUUCACCCAGCCAAUGAGAAGCCGUGCCCGUAUGGCGUGGUAAACGUCAUCAUCAUUAGCAUCUUGACCAUCCUGCUGUGUGUCAUCUUCCUCAUCUGGGUCGCUCCACGGGGGAAGAGGUGCUGCAACCAGGGAGGAUCCACACCCCAGGUCAUUCCUGACUCGGUCUAUGUAGACAUGGUCAGGAAUCACGUUUAUCAACCAGACACACAGCAGGAAGAAUCGAACCCCUAUUCUGUGUCUACAAAAGGAGGUAGUAGGACCACUGAGUAGCUUCUUCAAAUGCGUUUUCUGAAUAUUGCUUCUUUGCUUUUUCAGAAUUGAAAAGCCUGUUCUGCUGUAUUUCACAGUUCUAUCCUCACUGCAAGUGUUAGUGGUAAAUUGUUUGUGUGUGUCGCACCAUACCAUGCUUAUGUGUGUGAAUAAAAUCUCUAUAUGGAAAGUAUUCGUAUUUCAACAGAAGACCAGCAGGAAGAAGGGAACAGCCAAUGUUAUAUUCCAGGGCUAUUCAACUAUAUUCUUACGUGUUCCAGAUGUAAAAAAGGUUCAUUUCAGGGGGGCCGAACAUUUUACACAUGCGACACACACACACACCAAUAAAGCGCUUUUCUUCUAAUGAAGUGUUGCUAAAAGUAGUUAGGGAAGAAGUGGAAAGUGCUCGAUCAACGUGAGUUGAGGUGCAACCAAAAAAUGUGCUCCUCAUUGAAAAGGAAAAGGCUCAAUGCUUGCUCACCAUUUUAACGAUUAAAAUAUUCUUAAAAGUAAUUUGGUGAUUUGAAAAUCAUCUGAAAACUAAGCAUCUCAAUAAAUAACGGACAACAACCAUAGUGCUUUUCAUUUUGGCACUGAACAUUGGAUUUUGGUGCAGAUCUUUUAUGAAUGUUCAGAAUUGAUCAAAGGGCCAGUCUAAAUUAAUAAACUGUCCAGAUCUGGCCCGUGGGCCGCCAGUUGAAUAUCCCUGUUUUAGUCCAUAAGGUGUACAGUUGAUAGCGAUGGAGGCCUCCCUAUAACUUUUUUCAAUACAUCAGGUCAUAAGAUUUAUAUUGCUUUUAGUUCUAAACAAUAGUGUAGGCUAUGUUUUUCUGUAGUGUUUUUAGGUCACUGGACCACUCAUCAAGCUGUUCCUGUUGUAUGGUGUCUGCCACAAAGUCAAAAGAGCUAUCAUUAAAAUGAGAACAGUUUGUUAAGACUUUUAUUAUAUUUUAUCAUAGGUAGAAAUAUUUUAGCUGCCUAAACUUCAUCAGGUACAUCAGGAUAUAAGCCAUUUUUACAUUACAUUAGAUUUUUCU